GGGGCUCUGGGCUCUUGACUCUCACAAGCGUCAAGGAGCCCACCAACCACAAUGUUUCUCUGGAGGAUAGCUCUUUCGAUAUUCAUACUUCCAGUCUAUGCAAGCCAAGAGAAGGGUUGGGUGAGCUGGAUAUGGGGUGCAGAGAGCACUGUCUCAGUAGUCGAUCGCUCUCCUGUUAUAUCUUUUCAGUCCAGACCAGCUGCAUUUGGGGAAGAAAUUGAGGCUCCGAUAUUGGGCUAUGUUAUACCAUUAUCCUCCUUCACCGUCCCUUGCGCCAAUCAGUCUCUCCAUCUUGACGCUCCUCCCAACACCGGAUGCCCUAAACUCUGUAUCUCUGGUCAGAACGAGCCUGAACCUUCCGAGUCGUGGAUAGCCUUGGUCCAACGGGGCAAGUGUGAGUUUGUCGCCAAAGUCAGGGAAGCUCAACGCCUCGGAGCUCGAGCCGUCGUCGUCGGCGGUGACAAUCCAGAAAUUUCUGGCUAUCCCGAUACUUUGGUCAACAUGUUCAGCCCAGAGGACUCAUCGGAUGUUACCAUCGCUUCUACCUUCAUCAAGUAUUCCGACUACGUCCAACUCUCACAUCUCAUUGCAACCUCAAACACUUCCCAUUCCGGCCUCCGCACUCUUUCAUUACUAAUUGUCGCUGAAUAUUCAGCCUGGGAGUGGUAUUCGCCAAUAAUUACAUUCGUCACCAUCCUGCUUCUCCCGUCCAUCUUGACAUUCCUCACCCUCCUCCUCCACCGUGUCCGAGCCGCAAGAGCCGCUCGACGUGAACGUGCCCCUGAAGACAUUGUUCACAAUUUACCGUGGAGAGUCUGGACAGGUACGGGUUGGGAGAAACACGAGGGUGGAAACCUUAUCAAUUCGUCCUUUGUUGAUGUCGAACAAGGUUUAUCCCCCAAACUCGAUGCUCAUUCUCCCUCAUCGGUCGCAGACGACGUCGUCGAAGACCCCGCCGAACAGUCGAAUCCGAAUCCGAAUCCGAAUCCGAGUCCGAGUCCGAGUCCUCCCAGUUCGACUGCGCCGCCAGGGCCCACUGGACAACCAUGGUUCGAAAGACAAAUGGAAUGUGCGAUUUGCUUAUCCGAAUUUGAGAAAGGAGACAAGGUCAGGGUGUUACCAUGUCAUCACAUCUUUCAUCUCGAGGAAGUCGAUGAAUGGUUGAUACAACAAAAGAAAUUAUGUCCUGUUUGCAAGGCUGAUGUUACACGACCCCCAAAUGACUCACAGGAAGAUGAUGGCGAUGACGAUACUGCUGAACAUACGCCUGCCGACCCUAAUGAUAGUGAUACUCCUACCGAAAGGACGCCUUUAUUGCGUGGCCCUGAUGAUUCUCUCUCUCCGACUUGAUAAGUGAUUAAUUUGGCUGUUUUUGGAACUUAACGGUUUUCGGUCCUUUUUACGAUUUUUUUUUGAUGAUCUUGGCACGCUGGUUCUUAAAGGAGAUUUGUACUGCUACGUACCAUUGUAACCUCUCUCUCUCACGUUACCUUAUUCUAUGUAUUAUUCAUGAAUAUCCAGUAAUCGCCCAGCCCAGAACGCACGUAGCGGGU